AUUCUCUCUCUCUCUCUCUCUUCUCUUUCUCUCUCCGACUCUCAUCACAAACAGAUCAGUAGCUCUUCUAUCCUUUACCGGAUCCACCUCAUCCUGCUCUCCGAUUACUUAGUUACACACACAGGAAAAGCUUCAAAAUCCUGAAAUCAUCUGCCAAUCCACCCUGAAGACAACAAAAUUUGCUGUUUGGGAAGAAAAGCUUUCCUGCAUGACCUUUUGACAUUUUGCAAUGUCAGGGUUACUUAAUUCAUCUUUGAACGGAUCAUCUUCAAAUCUUCCUGACAGCACUGGGCGAUCUUUUGCUACAUCUUUCUCUGCUCAAUCUGGUGCCGCCUCCCCAGUUUUUAAUCACAGUGGAACCAUUCAAGGGCUGCAUAACAUUAAUGGAGGCUUUAAUGUUCCCAACAUGCCGGGCACACUUGCAUCUAGAAAUUCAACAGUAAAUAAUGUUCAUUCAAGUGGGCUUCAACAACCUACUGGAAGCCUUUCUAGCGGACGAUUUGCAUCAAACAACCUCCCUGUUGCUCUUUCUCAGAUGUCUCAUGGUAGCUCACAUGGUCACUCAGGGGUGACAAAUAGAGGUGGUAUGAGUGUUGUUGGAAACCCUGGAUAUAGUAGUAGCACAAAUGGAGCUGGUGGUUCUAUUCCUGGGAUUCUCCCAACCUCUGCAGCAAUUGGUAACCGGAGCACUGUUACAGGACUGGGAGUGUCUCCAAUUAUUGGUAAUUCUGGUCCUCGGAUUGCAAGCUCAGUGGGAAACAUAGUUGGCGGGGGCAACAUUGGGAGGACUAUAAGUUCUGGUGGAGGAUUAAAUGUGCCUGGUCUUGCUUCUCGCCUAAAUCUUAUUUCCAAUAGUGGUUCUGGAAAUUUAGGUGUGCAAGGUCCAAAUAGAUUAAUGAGUGGUGUCCUUCAACAAGCUACUCCGCAGAUGAUUUCUAUGCUUGGAAAUUCGUAUCCUACUGCUGGUGGUCCCCUAUCUCAAAGCCAUGUUCAAGCUGUGAAUAAUCUUAGCUCUUUAGGAAUGUUGAAUGAUGUAAAUUCCAGUGACGGUUCCCCUUUUGACAUGAAUGAUUUCCCUCAGUUGACCAGCCGUCCCAAUUCUGCUGGUGGGCAUCAAGGACAAUUUGGUUCACAGCGAAAACAAGGUCUUGGUGUUAGUCCUAUUGUUCAACAAAAUCAAGAGUUCAGCAUCCAAAAUGAAGAUUUUCCGGCUCUACCAGGAUUUAAAGGUGGGAAUGCUGAUUAUGCCAUGGAUUUGCACCAGAAAGAACAACUUCAUGACAGUGCUGUAUCUAUGAUGCAGUCUCAGCAAUUCCCUAUGGGGAGGUCUUCUGGAUUCAACUUUGGAGGAACAUAUUCAUCUCACCGUCCCCAGCAGCAACAGCAACAUGUGCAAUCUGUCAGUGGUAGUGGCUUAUCCUUUUCAAAUGUCAACAAUCAGGAUUUGCUUCAUUUACACGGCUCAGAUAUAUUUCCGUCGUCGCAUUCAACCUAUCACUCGCAGAAUAGUGGACCGCCUGGCAUAGGAUUAAGACCUCUUAACUCUCAGAAUACGGUUUCUGGUAUGGGGUCAUAUGACCAGCUUAUGCAGCAGUAUCAGCAGCAACAAAAUCAAUCCCAGUUUCGCCUGCAGCAAAUGUCUCCUGUAAAUCAAUCGUAUAGGGAUCAGGGCAUGAAGUCCAUGCAGGCUGCACAAGCUGCUCCUGACCGAUUUGGUUUGCUUGGUUUGCUAAGCAUAAUAAGGAUGAGCGAUCCUGAUUUGACAUCCCUUGCACUUGGAAUUGAUCUCACGACGCUUGGGUUAAACUUAAACUCAACAGAAAAUCUCCACAAGACUUUUGGUUCCCCAUGGUCUGAUGAGCCUGCCAAGGGUGACCCAGAGUUUACCGUGCCACAAUGUUAUUAUGCUAAACAACCACCUGCUCUGAAUCAAGCUUAUUUCUCGAAGUUCCCUUUGGACACAUUGUUUUAUAUUUUCUACAGCAUGCCAAAAGAUGAAGCCCAGUUAUAUGCUGCGAAUGAACUGUAUACCAGAGGUUGGUUCUAUCACAGAGAGCUCCGAGUGUGGUUGAUGAAGGUUCCCAACAUGGAGCCACUCGUUAAGACGAACUCAUAUGAGAGAGGAUCUUAUAUCUGUUACGAUCCAAACACUUGGGAAACAAUCCGCAAGGAUAAUUUUGUUCUCCACUAUGACAUGUUGGAGAAAAUUCCGGCUCUACCUCAACAUUAGCAAAGAUUCCCAGUUUACAAUGUAAAGUUUCAGUUUAUCUCCUUUUUUAGAAGAUAAAUAGUCUGCUUUAGUGUUCCUUCUUCAGCUAUUGUAAGCAAUUGUUGCAUCAAUUUUUUCCAGUUAUAUUAGCCAUUCUAGUCUCCCAUCUCUUUUAUAUGGAACAAAAAGUAUAAAACAUUACAAAUAAUUAAUGGAUUAGCCGCUGCAUCUUUUUAUGAAAAA